CUCUUCUGGCCGAAACACAAUUCAUUUAAUUAGGUCAUAUAACAAUGCGCACUGCACACAACUAGAGCCUCCAGCUCGCUCUUUCUGGUCUCUCCGCCCAACCUUGAAUAAUGAUAGAGACCAUGACUGUAUACUCUCUCACUCUGUUGGCUAUUCUUGGCAGCCACCUGGUCUCCGCUCAGACGUUCACUGCGCCUGUUCCCUCCUAUACUGCCACCUACCUGCCUUACGAUACACCUCAAAAAUCUGAGAACGGCCAAUAUGGAACUAAUCAGUGCGGAACUGUAAGUUCGCAAAACAGCAUGUGCCAGAAUUGUUAUGUCAGUGCUGUGGAUGAUUUCUGUAUCUGGGCGCCUCCAAAUAAUACCUCACCAUAUGGUAAUUCGAGUAUCGGAAAUACGGAACGUCUCGAAGUCGCUUGGUGUCUCCGAAGUGGUUAUGGUACUCGACUUCUCCCAUCGGGGGCAAUUACUGGCGCCCACUUCAUUGAAACCCCAAAUUACAUCCAGAUCUCCGGUACAGGUGACCUGACAAAAGUUAACGUCCCAGCAAACGACACGGGUGGAGAGCUGGAUCCCCAUGGUGCAGACGGCCUUGGCAAUCCUAUCGGUGGUCUUGUCUUUGGAUACGGAAAUGACCGCCUUCUUCGCCAGUAUCACGAAUGGACGAAUUUCAUUGACGGCCCACAAUUUUUUUGCUUCCGCGUCUGCAUCGACCAGCCCGGAAGUACUCAAUACUGUGAACAUAUUUACGAUGUCCUGGGAUGUAAUUGGAAUAUGCCAGGUAACUACUCCGAUGGAUUCUCGUCUUGUCAAGGCGAUUCCACUCUCCCCAUGGGAAUAUACGUCGACAACGGUGUGACAACCACUUUCCACCAAGGGGAUCCCGUAACACCCUCCGCACACCCACCCGGCGCAUCGUCUUCUUGCACUUACUACGCUACGCUAUCUAACUAUAACUCCCCUGCUCCUUCGUUCACUGGGAGCUUGUCCAAUAGCGUGAUUACGAUUACCUCGUCUGCUGCUGGGAGGGGUGGCAGUACUGGUACCGGUACUAGUACUAGCACGACUAAGAGUAAACCCUCCGGGGGCGCUACAUCUUUAACGUUUGGUACUUCGGGUUCGCUCAUGACGUUCGUUGGCACUGGCGUGCUCCUCGGUGCUUCGAUCGUUUUUGUUGUGUUGUAAUUUUUUUUUUUUUUAAGUAAUGUUGUACCCAAGUACUUUAUUGAGCGCAUCAUACGGGGAUAUAUAUCU